AUGGGGUAUUCCAUCAUGGAUGAUGGGGACUGGGACGACUUCUGGGCGGAGCUCGGUAUCGAUCCCGACCAUCGACUUGAAAACUCUCAGGAGCUUGACCCAUUCUCACUCCACGCAUGCUUCGCGGCAAUCGACAACGAAACCAGCAGCAUCUACCAGCCCCUGGCCGAGACGGAGAUCCGCCUGCUCACCGUCUGGCCCGGGUCCUUUGGCGAUGCGGUCCGUUGCAGUCUCGCUGCCACGAAAGCGACGCAAGGUUACGAAGAGUACGACGCCAUCUCUUACACAUGGGCAGGCGACGACGAUAUCAUUGAAAAGACGGGCCGAGUCUGCAUUGCUUCGGAGGAGUUCCCGGUGACCCCGAACUGCGAGGCCGUGCUAAGGCGUGUUCGGCGAGAAUGGACACCGAGGAUAGUGUGGAUCGACGCUAUCUGCGUCAACCAAGACGAUGUGCAUGAAAGAGGACGCCAAGUCAGGUUGAUGCCACAGAUAUACUCGCGCGCACGAGAGGUGAUAAUCUACGUUGGAGAAUCGAAUAAUGAGAUACCCCGGUUAUUCAGCUAUCUGAGGCAGCCUCAGCAUGGUAGCCCACCGGACAGCCGACAAGAGGCACAGAGUGCCUUGGCCAAACUUCUCACUCGUCGAUACUUCUCUCGGGCAUGGGUUAUCCAGGAAGUUGCGCUGGCACGACGUGCAACACUCGUAUGCGGCAGCCACACGUUAUCAUGGCCGUUGAUCCACGUCAAAAACCUAGCCGCCCGUGGCCUCCUCCCCAGCACACCAGGAGAGAACGGGGGCUUACCGGGGCUGCAGCCGCUGCCUCCAGUAAUUCAGUUCAAGACCCCGACCUUCAGGACAACCGGCGACAUCCUCCGCCUCCUGGAUUCAGCUCGCAGCAGCCGGGCGGCGGAUCCACGAGAUAAGGUCUUCGCGGUCUUGGGGUUGAUCACUUGCCCCGAAAGUGAAGGAUUCUCGGCAGACUACACGAAAACGCCCGCAGAGGUAUUCACGUCCACGGCUCUCUGGAUUGCUCAGAGGUUCGGUAUGCUGGCUCUGCUUGCGAGGACUGUCGAUGUUGUCCGGUCCGUCCCCGCGAGCGAGGCUGUCGUGCUGGAAUCAGCAUGGGUACCGAACUGGACCGAGGACACAUUUCAGAGCCCGGAUUCGUCGCUUCUACGAAUCAGGAGAGAUUAUCGUGCAGUCCCGAAGGCGGCAGGCUUGCCAAUCACGGUGUCUGAAAGAGAUCCUAGCGAGAUUCGAUUCCCCGCGUUCAGACUCGGACGGAUCGUGGACGAAGUCAUGGCUUAUGACGAAGAAUCCUCCCAGUGGUUCUUACAAAAUGUCACAGGUCGAGCGAGGAGUGUGCAUGUUCCUCCGCCGCCAUGGGUGUUUACGAUAUUUGGCGACUACGUUAAUGGGAGAAGAGCUGCUGAGACGUAUUCAUUCAUCUUUCUAAGAGAGGAUAGAGAUUUCCCAAGCCUGGCGACCGAGGCGUUCUCCAAAUGCUACGCUGGAUUUCCAAUCACUUUCAAGACCCUGGAGGCUUAUACGGAAUGGAACAAGUCUAGCAUUUACCUCUUGCCAGAGCCAGACGACUAUGGGAACUUUCAGUUUACGGACCUAGGAACUGUGUCCGUUUUUGCUGACGGGAAGUCACUUACGUGGCUUCACAGGAGCUUGAACGGGAGAACGACGAGGGGCAAGUUCAGUAAAUAUGCAGUUUGCUGCGCGGUAGAUGAGUUGGGUGGACCGGGGCGUUUGCGAGGACUUUUGUACAUGGAUGGGACUUCUUACAGUGGCGUUUGGAAGACAGGGGAGUUUGCGUUCGUUUGCGCCAAGUAG